AUUCUUUGAGCAAUUUAUUUACGUUUAAGACUCGGGCAGUUUAAGCGAGCGAUAAAUAGAAAAUCCAGACGACGAGAUCGACCAUUGCCUGGGCGUAAAGAGGACAUACGCAGACUGGAUGGUGCACACUACAGACAUUUGCGAUCAUUGUCACGAACUGACUCAUUAUGAUGAGAAAUCGGAGAUUGUUUGUGAAAGUGUUCAUACUAACUUCUCUAUUUUGGCUCGCAGUGGACAUUCUUUACAUUUUAACUUCCAUGAACAGCCAAAUGAACUUUUUCAACACAGAUUCGUUCGUGCCGUUAGACGCGACCGGAAGUUCGCACGGACAGUACCCACGCGAGUCCUCUCACGAGGCCGAGCGGAAGUGGCGAAGCCCCAAAGUAAAACCUUACUUUUCAGAAGUGAUACAAGGAUUAGGAGAUGACGGUGAGCCAGCGACAUUACCGUCGCGAUUUAAGGACGAAGCAGAGCGCUCUUUUGAUAACCAUUCAUUCAAUGUUAUUCUCAGUGAUCAUAUGUCGUUGGACAGAACUCUGAAAGACUAUCGUGGGCCAAAGUGUCGCAAAAAACACAAGAAAUACCCUACUAGUUUACCGACUACAAGUGUUAUCAUUUGUUUCCAUAACGAGGCUCUGUCUGUUUUAUUGAGAACAGUACACAGUGUCCUCAAUAGGUCGCCACCACAUCUUCUGGCUGACAUUGUCCUGGUAGAUGACUUCAGUGAAUUCGAAAACCUUAAAAUGUCUUUGGAGGAGCAGCUCAGCGAAUUCGAAAAAGUCAAAAUUAUUCGGAUGUCCCAGAGGGAAGGCUUGGUUCGAGCACGGCUUCGCGGAGCCGAGGUUUCCCGGGGAGAGGUUUUGACUUUCUUGGACUCCCACUGUGAAGCAACUGAAGGGUGGCUAGAACCGCUACUGGCUCGGAUUGCGCAGAAUCGCACCAAUGUCGUUUGUCCUGUGAUAGAAGUAAUAAAUGCUGAUGACUUUGGUUAUCAAACAUCAGACGUAAUUUAUGAGCGCGGAGGCUUUUCUUGGGAUCUGUUUUUUACCUGGAAAGCCAUUCCGGAAGAGGAAAAGAAACGAAGAGAGGACGAAACAGACUUCAUAAGGAGUCCUACUAUGGCGGGCGGUUUGUUCUCGAUGCAUAAACAGUAUUUUUAUGAUCUAGGAUCAUAUGACGACCAAAUGGACAUCUGGGGAGGGGAGAACCUCGAACUAUCCUUCAGAGUAUGGAUGUGUGGAGGCCAAUUAGAAAUCGUACCAUGCUCACGCGUUGGUCAUGUGUUUCGUAAAUACACGUCACCUUACAAGUUUCCUAAAGGCACCGGAGUCACUCUGGCGAAGAACUUCAAUCGUCUGGCCGAAGUAUGGCUGGACGAGUACAAGGAAUUUUACUACAGGAGGAAAACUGAUGAGGAGAAGAACGUCGAUAUUGGAGACAUAAGCGAGCGAGUAAAGCUAAGAAAGAGGCUGGGCUGUAAAACCUUCAAAUGGUAUCUGGAAAACGUGUUCACGGAUAUGGCUUCAGUGGAUCCCAAUCCUCCAGCGCAGGGCGAGAUACGAAAUCCAAGUUCCUCUCUAUGUGUGGACACGCUUGGAGAGAAAUCGGCCAAGGUAGACCGUGUGGGACUGUACACCUGUCAUGGCAUGGGAGGAAACCAGUUUUUCACCUUGACGAAGGUGAACGAAAUUCAGUUCAGUGAUGACAAGUGUUUAGACGCACCGAACAGCGAGCCGGGAAGCUUUGUUGAGAUGAUCACAUGUCAUGGUUUGAGGGGAAAUCAGGAAUGGAAACACGACAAGAGGAAGGGUACUAUAGUCCACGUAUGGACAGGCACGUGUUUAGACAUGUCCCAAGACAGACUGAAUCUAGUUGUUAAUCCAUGCAGGAAAGGCAAAAGUUCACAAAAAUGGAAGUUUUCACGUUACCAACAGCCCAAGAGCAAGAAGAGGUUUUAGAAUGUGCAACAAAUUGAAGAACGCUUGACGCGAUGUAAGAAAACCAAGAAGCACACGACAAAAACUGUAACGAUCAUGCUCGAAAUGCCGAUGUUUGUCGCUCAGGACUAGAAACCAGGUUGUAUAAGGGGCAAUCACGUCUGAAAUCUGUACCAUUUCACACAUAAUAGCAAUCGAUUUUUUAUCAUAAAAUUAUUUUGCAAGCUGUUGGUAACUGUACGUCAUUAGGCCAUGGUGGGUUUUGCUCUUGUAAUCCAAAAUAACCUCCGGUACAAGUACCAAGUCAACGAUUCAUUAUAAAAUUCGAGAAGUCAUCACUUGAAAGCUUUCCAUGUAUCCUCCAAGUCUCAAGAGGUAUUAAUCAAAAUAAAUAUACAUUUUUUU